AUGGCAGAAAGAAAUCCUGAUCAAAAAAGACUUAACUUAGUGAAACGGGAGACCAAUCGUAUCAGAUACACGAGUUCUGCAAUGAAUACAUGUCAAGCUGUUGUCAAACCUGACUGCUCUAUACCAAAAGUAUUGAAGUCUACUGGAAUAAAGCAAGCUUUCAAGAACAUUUUCAUGUCAAUGACAAAUUCAACAGUUGAACAGAAUAAAGAAAUUACGUUUGAGAAAUUUGUUUCAUAUAAUGUUAGAUCGCUGUGCGAAGAGGUAAAGGAUUUGGUCAAAUAUGUUACCAUUGAGUUUGUUGGGGUUAAGUUUAAAGCAUCUGGUACACAUGAUGGUAAAAAGGUGAUUAGUACCUACUUGACAAGACAUAUGGACCAACUUCAGAUCAAGAAAAAUCUAGAGAUUGAUAUUGACAGUGAGCUAUAUGUCUCGGAUUGCUCGACAUUCACUACACCAAUUCGAUGUUUUGACUCGGCAACCAAUGGUUUUCUUUCAAACAAAAAGCUUACUUCUAUAAAACAAUCAAAGGGAGAAGCUGAAAUGUCCCAGAUUGACUGGUUAUGGGAGUAUGCUUCAGAUUUAUCUCCUGGGGAUGUUUGUGUCAGCAUGGUAACUUCUGGGGACAUAGAUGCUGUGGUGCUGCAUUUAUUCUUCGCAAGUUGGAAAUGGAAGCGAAAUAAAAAUGGAAGAUUCAUCAACCCAAUAUAUGUCCUUUUACACAAGCCUGCAGGAAUGUUUGAUAUUUACAAUAUUACUGGUCUUUUAGAAACAUUCGAAUCCUCAACUGAAGAUAUAGGUAUAUUGGAUUAA